AGUGGCGUUAACCCCACCUCCGACUCUAGGCCAUGUGACUUGGUCUGGCCAAUGAGAGCAUUGCAUUCCCCUGCAACAUGAUUAAUUAGCUCCGAGAGACUCCAGCUACGCAGGCUUUUUCCAGUCACCCCAAAUACUGGAAUUUGUCGAGAAACCACUCAGCUGAGGCCAUCUCUUUUCCCUGGCACUGCCAGCAGUAAGAGUGACCCGAUCAUGGACACCACGUCAAGCCUGAAAAUGAAACCAGCAUUGCAGAAGGACAAGCCAAGAGAUGGGGGAAAAACUGAGUGUUGAUGGCAUUGCCUUAGCUCUUCGGUUAAGAGGUGGGCACCCUCGGCUCUACCACAUCUGCUACAUAGCCCUCCGGGAAGUUAAGCUGAAGAAUAACAGUAACAGCCAGCAUUCACUGAGCGUGAACUCUAUUCCAGGCUCUAGGCUAGCUUCUAACAUCGUUUGAUCAUCCACAACCAGAUGAGGGUGGCAUAGUGGCUGAAGAUAACUCCCAGGUUUUACACCUUGGGUUUUUUAGCUACACUAAGAGUGCCCCCUCCCCCUGCCGCCCCCUGUUCUCCCUCCAAGUUCAAAACACUAAGAAGAGCUGUAUGAAGUCCAGUCGGCCUCUGGACCAGUUGCCAACAGGAUCUUGUAAGGAAAUCUGACAAAGGGUCAGAUCUUCUAAAGAGAACUUGAAGAACUGCCUUCAGAGUCAAGUAAAGAAAAAGGUUUCAGCAAUACCUCUGACAUUUGAUUUUCAGUGGGAAUUUGAAGAGGCUGUUGCUACCUCCAUAUCGGAGACAGAAUCAAAGAUGGAAAAAGACAGAGCAUGUGGCAUUAAAAAAACAAAGAGAUAUGUCUCCUUCAAAAAUAAGCCUGAACCUAAAAAGAGUGAUUUUGAAAAGUCAAAUUUAAAACCACACUCUGUACCAACAAAUAUAAAAAUUCAAGAAAUCAAGUCAAUAGAGCCAGCAGAAGAAUAUCUAAAAUCAAGAUCUACUAGACCUUUUUGUUAUCUUAAGGAUACAACUGAAGCGGAAAAUGCCAAGCCCUUCCAUGAACUGUACUGGCAGCAUAGACGACAGUGUAGAAGAACAUUGGAUCCUACAAUCCUUUUUCCUGUAUCCAACAUGCAACCUAAUGUUUCUAAGAAGGAAAAAGACUCUUUUUGCAGAAUAAAAUCUCCUGCACAGAUGAAUGAUUAUAAUACAAAAGAAAAUAAAUACAUCGAAAAUUACCAACUAAGUGAAUAUUCAGUAAGAAAGAAAAGCUUGCUCCCCUUAUGCUUUGAGGAUGAAUUGAAAAAUCCAAAUGCCAAGAUAAUCAGCAUUAGUCCAGCAAAGACAGUAACUUCUCACAUGGAACAUAAUGACACAAAUCCCAUAAUUUUCCAUAAGACUGAAUAUGUGAAAAUGUUCCUUUUGACAAAAAAUAGGCUUCUUCCCCAUUCAGUGGAAAAAGGAACAGAUUACCUACAUCAAAGGUCAAAUGUUGUUUUAGAAAGAAACUGUGGAAUGUUCAAGUCUGUAGUUAGAGGUCAGUCUAUUACUCCCUCCAAACUCAAAAGGACCAUGCCUACAACGCAGAGGAAAGAUGAACCAGCAAUACCCUUUGAAGUGGGUCAUGGACGUGUAAAGGAUAAACUAAGGAGAAAAACUAGUAAGCAGACAUUUGAAAACGUAUCUUGGCAUAAACUCUAUAGCGUCUCACAGACAUUUUCCAGCCUAACCAAAAAAUUUGUGGGGCUCCUCGAUAAAACCAUUAUUCAAGAAAAGGUGGCUAAAAGUAGCAACUUUGAAAAAAUGUUUUCUACAGUAAAACCAAUGAGCAAAUUCAGUGCCUCACCUGUCAAAUAUUGCUCAAAGCCUUCAAAAAAUAUACUCAAAGUCCAUAAAAUAAAUGGUGUAACACCAUUGGAUGAUUUGUUAAACUCAUCAAGUAUAAAUUAAAUACCUUGUAACACUGUGUUUCUACAGCAAUAUUUUGGUAACAAGAAGCAAAUAACAGUUCCAAGAUUAUAGAAGAAAUGAUUUUCUAAAUGGCAAUGUUCUAACGGAUGGUAGAAGAAAACAUAGAAGAAAGCACAGAAAUUGGAAUUAUGAACAGUGGAAUAGAGGUGGAAUAUAAUACUUGAAGUGAACAAGGGGACAAAAUUAGGAAAUAAGAUCAACAAGAGGAACUAGUUCAGAAUUCCUCUUAUCUCAAAUCCCUCAGUCAUCAGCACUUCCUCAUAAAGCAUGAUUCAGGAUCAAGAAUGGCAUUGACUGGCUCUGGAAAUUUGCUAUUGGAAGCCAAAUAAUGUCAAUGACCUUAAUUGGAUAUCACACAAGACAAAUAUACCGUUAACCUGAUGCAUGUGGAAUUAAUCGCGUAUCAGCAUUUUGGAUAGUCCUUGGAAACUAGCAUGACACUAGCAAUUCAUGAAAUUAAAAAGGCUUUGAAAU